CAUCCUGGGAGCUUGGCAUGGAAGUAAUGUCUGUAAAAUAUAAGCACAUACUCAAGGAUGAAAAACGGAGAGGAAAUAGAGAGGAUUGGACAGAGUUCAUAUGAUUACUCAUAUUUAAUUAUUAAUAAAUACUAGGCAGAACAAAGUAUUUUGAUCAAUCAUUUUCAGUUUAUAGAGUCUAAACUGAUGUGAAUCAGCAAAUUAGUUAAAUACCUGUUUUGGAAAACUGGCAGCACAGGUAAUAUCCAAUAGGAAGACAUAGUAGGGUGUGGUUUUCUCUGAAUACACUUUAGACUGUCUCACAAAUGCAGACUUACUUGGAGCAUUCUUCAGUGGAAAAUCGUAGGGUGCUGCUAUUUAAAGAUGCUUUCCUCCAUAAAGACAAUGUUUUUAAUAUUGGCUGUCACAUUUCUGCUUGGUUUUACUUUUUUUUACAUGAAAUCACCUGUUUUUCAAGAAAUCUAUUUAGAUAAAUUAAAUUACAAGAUGCAACAUAAAAAGCCAAUAUUUCAGAGAAUUUAUCCAGAUUCUCAGCCAGUGGAAUUUAAAAACGAAUCAUGGCGUCUCAUGAAUAAAUUUCCUCAGCUUUCCUCAGACCAGGAUAAAAAUUUACCAGAAUGUCCAGAAAUUCCACCUGAUUUAGGUCCAUUAGAUAUUAGGGUUGUAUAUAAUACAUCCCUUCCGAUGAUCAUUUCUCAGAAUCCAAAUAUACGGCCCGGAGGACGGAGUAGGCCCCAGCAUUGUAUGGCCCAGCAGAAAGUUGCCAUUAUAAUCCCAUUCCGUAAUCGAGAAGCUCAUCUCAAGACAUGGCUGUACUACAUGCACCCGUUCCUGCAGCGGCAGCAGGCAGAUUAUGGUGUAUAUGUGGUGGAACAGAUGGAAGACACAGUUUUCAACCGAGCCAAGCUGAUGAAUGUUGGUUAUGCCACAGCAUCAAAAGACUAUGAUUAUAGCUGUUUUAUAUUCAGUGAUGUGGACAUUAUCCCUAUGGAUGGGAGAAAUCUCUACAGGUGCUCUACAAAUCCCAGACAUAUGGCAAAUUCUGUGGACAAGUUUAACUUUAAAUUACCUUACAAUGACAUCUUUGGAGGAGUUGUGGCAUUCAAAAAAGAACACUUUAUCAAAGUGAAUGGAUUCUCAAAUGUGUUCUGGGGGUGGGGAGGAGAAGAUGAUGAACUGUUCCAAAGAGUGGUGGCUGUGGGACUGAAAGUUGACCGUCCAGACCAAACAAUUGCCAGAUCCAGAAUGAUUUCUCAUAAAAGAGAUCCUGGUAAUGAAAGAAAUGGAAAGAGCUUUCCUCUAAUAAGAAAGGCCUAUAAACGUCUGCAUCAGGAUGGACUGAGUUCCCUGAAUUACACCAUUAUCAGUAUAACUAGUCAUAAACUUUAUACAAAAGUCACAGUGGAUAUUGGGGAUGGAGAAGAUGCUUCCCUUGAAGCCAAUUAGAGAAAAGAACUGUACUCACCUAAUUUAUUAACAUUAUUUAAAAUGGCAUUCUUAGGAAAACUAGGUAUCUAAAAUGCUGUUUUUAAAACAUCAUCUCCAAAGACUGUAUUGUACGGACGGAUCUUAAUGAGUUCAUUAUUUUAGUGGACAAUUAAGAGGACCCUCUGCAACUUAAUUAAAUGGCAAAACCCAUGUCUUCGGUCAAAUCUGCUACACUGUGCCAAUGCCAGUGCACCUUUCUUGUGACUUCUCAUUAUAGAACAAACAACAUAACGGCGUGCCAAUACGAAGGCAGUUGGCUUACUCUUCUCAUCAACAUAGAAGUUUUCAUUUACAAGAUCUCCAAAAACGGGGCUUUUGCAGCCUAUGUGUGUAGCUGUAUUUAACUACAUACUCAACUCAACCUGUCUUUGUUCUUCAACUGGAUACCAGAAGGCAUUAUGUCCGCAGCAAUGCUCAGAAAAAUUUCAUUACCUGUCAGAAUGUGAACUUUGUAUCUGCAAAAAGCAGUAUUAGAAAAAGUAUUAAAAAGUAUGAAUGUAUAAUGGUAUACCUGUAGUAUGAUUCACUGUACAAUGUGUACAUAUAUAGAUUACUAAAAAUAUAGCGAGAUUUUUAUGGGACUUGUAUAUAAACAUUGUUUGGUAUAAUAAGACAUUUUAGAUGAAUUAAAAUGACAUAAAUCAUUCAAUAAUACAGCUUCAUCAACUCAUAUUGCUCAGAGCAUGCAUUUUUAGAGACAGUCUAAAGAAAAAUGGGGGAUCUUUGGAAUUAUUACAGAUACGUCAACUCACCUGUAUUUUUCAAGAGUCACCCUAAUUUAACCCCCUUUCACCUGGCCAUCUGCAGUAACAAGUCCAUCACAUCCUGUCAACAAUUUGCCACCAAAAUAAUUACUUAUCCACUCCACUCCGAACCUCUUGUAUUGGUUUUGAUUUUUUUUUGUAUGUUCACUAUAUACACCCAUUUAUUGUACAAUGCUCUAGAGUAUGUUUGCAUUCUAUAAAUGCAAACAUAUUCUAAAAAUAAUUAAAUACUUUAAUACAUUUUAAUACAUGUUAUAAAUACUUUAUAAAUACUUGUUAAUAAAUAUUUACUGUUUACCUGGCUGCAAGUGGAGAACAAGCAUUUCAUUGUGGUGUGUCAUGUGUGCUGGUAAAGCAUGCACAAUGAAAGACUGAAUUUGAAUGAAAACAAAAGUUUGCAUUAAGCCAUUAAAAGGUACAAUUUCCUACAAUAUUUACAUUUGAGAUUAUUAUUAAAUACUUUAAUAUGUUA